AUGUGGAAGUCAUGGAUAAUUGAUCUUGUGUUGUGGGUAAAAAAAAUCAGAAGCAAAAUAAAAGCGAAAAAAAAUCGUUCCUCAAAUUUCUGUUACCGCUCGCUAAGCCGUACGAUGGUAACAAAGAAAACAUCUGUGGAUAAUUCGGGCUUGGAAACCGCGCUUUUCGAAGCUGCUGGUGCCAGCGAGUCUCGGCGUCCAUCGGAUACACCUUCCGUUCUUGCAAGGCAUAACAUCACCUUAGGAGAAAUCAUCGGAAAUGGGGCGUUCUCGUGUGUAAAGAAAGGUCGAGCACUAGGGUACAAGGAUGUGGCGGUUAAAAUUAUCUCCAAAAAUGCGGCCACGCAGAAUGUGCUGGUCAAGUUUAUGCCGCGUGAGUUAGGAAUUAUCAAAAUGUUGCGGCACAAAAAUAUCAUCAUAUACUACGAGUACAUCGAGACGAACAUGCGGUAUUACAUCGUAAUGCAGUACGCAGAAAACGGAUCGUUGCUGGAGCUGCUGAAGAAGGAGAUCAAGCUCGAUGAGGGCCGUGCUUGGAGGUAUUUCCAUCAGCUGAUCAGUGCGGUCAAGUACAUCCAUUCCAUUGGCAUCGUGCACCGGGACAUCAAGUGCGAAAACAUUGUGUUUGAUGCACGUGACAGGCUGAAGUUGAUCGAUUUCGGAUUUGCCUGCCAUGUGAACACGAAGGCCGAUGGAAGCGUGGAAAUGAUGAUGCCAACGAUGUCGAAGACAUUUUGCGGUAGCCACGCUUACGCCAGUCCGGAAAUUUUACGUUUCGCACCGUACGAUCCGGUGCCGUCGGACGUUUGGGCGUGCGGAGUUGUUCUUUUCUCGAUGGUAUGCGGAAAGCUGCCCUUUACUAAUGCCAAGGUGGUAUCAGUGUUGCUUAAGAUCAUGAGCGAGGGUCCCAGGUAUCCAAAGGAGGUGAACGUGAGCGAUAAAUUAAAAUGUUUGCUGGACGAAAUUUUCAAACCUGUCGAAGCGCGUAUAACAGUGGCCGGAAUUCGGAAAAGCAAUUGGUUCCGGACCGUACCGGUCACAGCUACGAACGACUCCGUAAAGACCGUAGAAAACGCUGCUUCACGAAAGGAGCACAUUGACCAAUUGCCGGAGAAACGUUUCAAACUAGACAAUCAUGUAAAGCGUCUCUUUUGACAUGUGUCCCAAAUUUGGUUUGAGGGAUUAAACUCCCUCAAAUGAAAAAUAAUAAUUAAAAUAGUAUUGAUCAUAGAAUUUACCUCGCUAUCGUCGUGAUAGAGAUGAUAAAAUUCAAAAUUGAAUAACCGUUAGAACGAUUCCUUUCCUGCUGGAUCAUCGUUACGUUGAUCAGUGAUGGACACUCAACGGGCAAAUCGUCCUUGAACGUGUCAUUGAAACUACAAUGCAACCGGCGCAAUAAACUGCACUGAAGAAUCCCA